AGAGUGACCAAUGUUUGCCUUUCGGGUUUAGGGUUUAGAGCAGUUGGGGUUAAUUUCCGCCCAGUGGUAGCCGGCUAUAUUUAGUAGCUCUCAACUUUUCUCCGCCGAAAGCCGUCAUCAUGUCCAACAACAAUGCUAGCAACAACUUAAUUAUCGCUCAAAGGGCCGUGAAGCAGCUUCGGUUAGAGGCCAGUAUCCGGAGGAUCAAGGUGUCCCAGGCCGCUGCUGAGCUGAGAAAUUUCUGUCUGCAAAAUGCCUCCAAGGACCCUCUCCUGGUCGGCGUCCCCUCCAGUGAUAAUCCCUUCAGACCCCCGAAGUCCUGCUCCCUGUUCUGAGCAGAGAGAAAGAUGGGCUAUUUCUGAAUUAAUUCAUCGAAGGCUUUCUUCACUUCUACUUGAUGUCACUGUGGACUGAACCAGCAGCUCCUUAUGGGAUUACACAACAUGGGACUGAUGGGUUGAGGGGAGGGAACUUUUCCACUUGUUUGCCAAAACUAAUGGUAUCAUAACUCCCAUCUGUUACAUUAAAGCAGGGCCAACCUCUGCAUGUUAAAAAAUGUUAUUAACACUAACUUGACUAAUGAUUAAGCUGUUCUUGGCAUUCCUACUACUUAAUGUGUCCGAUCUAAAUUUACUGAUGUAAUGAUGUAUGUCUCCAGUCAGUGAAAUUCAGCCCAUGUGAUUGGCUGCUGAAAAUGCAACUUCCUGUUGUGUCUUUUCUGAAACAGUCAAACAUUAAUUUAAACCAGGUGCUGUUCAAGAAUAAGGACAUGUUUUCUCACGUACACUAUAUUUCAUAUUGUGGCCAACACACAUACUGAUGUGUCAUAAGCUGUUAAUGUAUUUGUAAGAAUGGUAAAGGUGCCAUUACUAUUUUGACAUGGUACAGACUUUAACCCGAUCAUAGCAAGGAAGGUGAUUGUCAAAUAACCUUUCAUCCCCUGUUUUUCGUUUCUGUAUAUAUGUCACAGCCUGUUCAGGUUGCUUUUAUUUGCCUAAAUGUUCCUGUCUCUGUUGAAAAAAAUUCGGCCUUAUGCUAUUUGGGUAGUGCAGUCUGGUACCAAAUUUAAUGUGUAUCAUUUAAGAUACACAAAUGGCCAAACAGCAAAUAUUCAUAUAUCUGUUCAAAACAUCUAAAUGUUGUUUGUAUUUAACAAAUCAUGCUGCAAUGACUUAAUUGUUUUUCACACUGGAGUCAUAUUCAAACUUGCAUUUCAACCAAAACUUUUGCUACUGUUAGCCUGUAUCUUUCUUAACUUUGCUACUGUGGGCAACCUUUUAGAAAUUAAAUGACUUUUUCAAACACUGA